GAGAGAGAGAGAGUGAGAGGUUAAACAACAACAAACCAGCGUGAAGUAGGAAAUACAGAGAGAAACAUUGAGUGUGUUUGUGAGUCAGGAAGGAACCAGUGAAACUCUGUUAGUCUCAUAAUGAAGAGGACUGUGGUGUUAUGAGACGAUUGGAGAAGCAGGGAGACUUUAUGGAGUAUUUCUCUGGAACAAACACACAGACUCCAGCUGGUGUUGUGUUGCUAAAUGGAGUCUGAGCAGUUGUUCAACAGAGGCUACGGCAGGAACAGCUACAACAGCAUCACCAGCGCCAGCAGCGACGAAGAGCUGCUCGAUGGUGCCGGCGUCAUCAUGGACUUCCACACCACCGAGGACGACAACCUGCUCGACGGGGACGCGUCCCCAGGGUCGAACUACGCCAUGUCUAAUGGAGGGGGUGGAGGAGGGGCCAGUAGCUCCACCCACCUGCUGGACCUGCUGGAGGAGCCCAUUCCAGGUGUGGGCACCUACGACGACUUCCACACCAUCGACUGGGUCAGAGAGAAGUGCAAAGACAGAGAGCGCCACCGCAAGAUAAACAGUAAAAAGAAGGAAUCAGCAUGGGAAUUCACAAAGAGUCUGUACGACGCCUGGUCAGGAUGGCUGGUGGUCACACUAACAGGACUUGCAUCAGGAGCGUUAGCUGGUUUGAUCGACAUCGCCGCCGACUGGAUGAACGAUCUGAAGGAGGGCGUGUGUCUCAGUGCCAUGUGGUUUAAUCAUGAGCAGUGCUGCUGGGGCUCCAACGAGACUACCUUCGCUGAGAGAGACAAGUGUCCUCAGUGGAAGACAUGGGCCGAACUCAUUCUGGGUCAGGCCGAGGGUCCCGGCUCCUAUAUCAUGAACUACUUCAUGUUCACGUUUUGGGCGCUGUCCUUCGCCUUCCUGGCCGUGUCUCUGGUGAAGGUGUUUGCCCCGUACGCCUGCGGGUCUGGGAUACCUGAGAUUAAAACCAUCCUGAGCGGCUUUAUUAUCCGAGGGUACCUGGGAAAGUGGACCCUGAUGAUAAAGACCAUCACUCUGGUUCUGGCCGUGGCAUCGGGCCUCAGUCUCGGGAAGGAAGGUCCGCUGGUCCACGUGGCCUGUUGCUGUGGCAACAUUUUUUCCUACCUCUUCCCCAAAUACAGCAAAAACGAGGCCAAGAAACGAGAGGUUUUGUCCGCGGCGUCGGCUGCUGGUGUGUCCGUGGCGUUUGGGGCUCCGAUAGGAGGAGUUCUGUUCAGUCUGGAGGAGGUCAGUUACUACUUCCCUCUGAAGACGCUGUGGCGCUCAUUCUUUGCUGCUCUGGUGGCGGCGUUCGUGCUGCGCUCCAUAAACCCGUUUGGGAACAGCCGGCUGGUGCUGUUCUACGUAGAGUACCACACGCCCUGGUACCUGUUCGAGCUCUUCCCCUUCAUCCUGCUGGGGGUGUUUGGUGGGCUGUGGGGAGCCUUCUUCAUCCGGGCCAACAUCGCCUGGUGCCGCCGCCGCAAGUCCACGCGCUUCGGGAAGUACCCGGUGUUGGAGGUGAUCACGGUGGCGGCCAUCACGGCCAUCGUAGCGUUCCCGAACCCGUACACGCGGCAGAACACCAGCGAGCUGAUUAAGGAGCUGUUCACGGACUGUGGCCCGCUGGAGUCAUCGCAGCUCUGCCAGUACCGCAGCCAGAUGAACGGCAGUCAGGCGUAUCCGCAGGGAUCGGACGCCACCGCCACCCCGGGCGUUUACUCAGCCAUGUGGCAGCUCAGCCUAGCGCUCAUCUUCAAAAUCAUCAUGACCAUCUUCACCUUCGGCCUGAAGGUGCCGUCGGGUCUGUUCAUCCCCAGUAUGGCCAUCGGUGCGAUCGCUGGGCGGAUCGUCGGCAUCGCUGUAGAGCAGCUGGCGUAUUAUCACCACGACUGGUUCCUGUUUAGAGAGUGGUGUGAAGUGGGCGCUGACUGCAUCACUCCGGGUCUUUACGCCAUGGUGGGCGCUGCAGCCUGUCUGGGUGGCGUGACCCGUAUGACGGUGUCUCUAGUGGUCAUCGUGUUUGAACUGACCGGCGGGCUGGAAUACAUCGUUCCUCUCAUGGCGGCAGUGAUGACCAGCAAAUGGGUGGGCGAUGCCUUUGGCAGAGAGGGAAUUUACGAAGCCCAUAUCCGUCUGAACGGAUAUCCCUUCCUGGACGCUAAGGAAGAGUUCACGCACACCACGUUAGCACGGGAAGUGAUGCGUCCGCGGCGUAGCGACCCGCCGUUGGCCGUGCUGACGCAGGAUGACAUGACUCUCGCUGAGCUGCAGGCCAUCAUCUCUGAAACGAGUUACAACGGCUUCCCCGUCAUCGUCUCCAAAGAGUCGCAGAGACUGGUGGGCUUUGCACUGCGCAGGGAUAUAACGAUCGCCAUAGAAAACGCCCGCCGUAAGCAGGAGGGAAUAAUGCUGAACUCGCGGGUUUAUUUUACCCAGCAUGCCCCGACCCUUCCCGCAGACAGUCCUCGGCCGCUGAAGCUCCGCAGCAUUUUGGACAUGAGCCCCUUCACCGUCACCGAUCACACGCCGAUGGAGAUCGUGGUGGACAUUUUCCGCAAGCUUGGCCUGCGCCAGUGCCUUGUGACGCACAACGGGAUUGUAUUGGGCAUCAUCACAAAGAAGAAUAUUUUAGAACAUCUGGAAGAGCUCAAGCAGCACGUGGAGCCCUUGGCGCCUCCUUGGCAUUAUUACAAAAAAAGAUAUCCUCCGUCAUAUGGCCCAGAUGGCAAACCAAGACCCCGAGUCCAUAAUGUUCAACUAGCAUCCUCCUCCUCCCGAUAUGAGGAAGAUGAGAGUGAAGAGGAGGUCCGUUUACUGGACGAUUCAUCCCUCUGACCACACGCCCCUAUGGUACCCUAAACCGCCCCAGUAAAAUAAAAAAAAAACAUUGCCAGAUGGGACCCCAAACUGGUCACAACCACUGGAUACUUGCACAAGACUCCAGAAGGAGACUUUCGAGGAAGAGCCUGGCUGCUUGAAAAACUUGGGAGUUUUGGGAAAAGCUCAAAUCUCGGAUGCCCCAAGUGGAGAAACUUUCUUCAAACGCUAACACUAACUCUCACACGCAUGCAAAAACACCCACCUGCGGUCAAGACACCUUAACGUCCGCCUUUGGGUCCUGCUUCUUUGACCUCUUAGCCUCCUGCCUGAGAAAAUGUGUCCAAAUGAGGUGAAAGGUCAAGAUGAACCGCUCGAAAUGCGAGGAGGGACCUUCACCGCAGACCGCCGUGACCCCUCACUGCCCCACUAAACACCCCGAAAUGGACUCUAUAACAUUGUUUACUUGUUGUGUGUGUGGGAGAGAUCCAGGAAAGAGACGGUGAGUGAGAUCGUGUUUGAACGCACCCCAACAUUCCAAUCGUGAUCUGAUGCUGUGAAGCCGAAGUGUGUCCCAGACGUAUGGAUGCAUUGCCCAUGCGAGUGAAUUUUAUGAGCGAUCCGUGAGGAUCAAGUAUUCAAAAUUGCGAGAUCAAAAAUACAAACGUGGGUUUUGUGCUACCUAGCAAAAGGAUGUUGGAGGAGAACAGGGUGAAAAUUCUCUUCAUUCAUCAUCUUCAAACUCUUCAACACUACGACGGCCAGUCUAAAGUGCAUUGGGAUUGUGGGUAACGAGCUAACCAAGGUCUUUGAGUGCCCAUGCUUUAUGAAGUUUUGUGCUUUUGGUUCUUGGGAAUGAAAAACAAAGACUUUUUUUUUUUUUUUUUUUACAGCUGCUAUCCUGGCUACUAUAUUUAAAUGUACUUUGCAACUCCUAAUAGUUUGAAAAUAAAAAUGUGACUUGACCAACUGUUUUUAAGUUCGCGAACAAGCAUAAAUGUUCAAAUUGGUAAAUGUUGGCUCCAGUGCAGUUAAAAAUCAUCAUUCUCUGUAUGUUCAUAUUGCAUCUCAUGUGAUUAUAGUCUCUACUGCUGUUCAUCCUUUCCUAACCAAUCAAAUGUUUGAAUGCCCAGAAAUUAUACGACAAUAUCACAAAUUGUACAUCCGCUUAGAACAGGCUAAAGGAUAAAUCUCACAAAGAAAUGCCCAUGUCCUAUUUCAUCCCCCCCAAUCCCCAUAAAGACAAUGAAGCAUGUUUUGAGACCAUUAAGAUUUUGUAUUUUGACACAUUUUCAUGACAGCGAAGCAUAUUUUACCAACAAAUUGUCAUCACCGUAGUGUGAAAAAAAAAAAAAAAAAAAGAGAGAAAAUCUCGUUAUUACUGAAGUUAAAAUAACCAAACCAAACAAUGAUUUGAGCAUAAUUUGUGUAAAUAAAUGUGAAUAAAUGAAAAGUACUAUCUAUAUAUAUAUAUAUAUAUAUAUAUAUAUAUAUAUAUAUCAAAUUAAUUGUCCAAAAAGCAGGCUUCAUUAUGCUAAAUUUUCUUCUUGUAAUUUUGGGAUGAGAUAUUACCCGGACAUUUCUUGACAGAUUUUUGUGAGAAUAUAAAACAACACGUAAAUACAGGCUACUUAUAAACCAACUGAAAUGUUUUUGGAGAUGCCGAACCAAUCAGAUACACCGUUUCUUAUUGGCACUGAAAAAGCGAUGAUGAAAUGUGACUGUUAGGAAUGAAGCUCUAGUUCAUUUGUGAUAACUAACUGCUGUUGGCUCCUCCAGUUUCUUUGUUUUUCCUGGGAAAUACAUGGAACAGUUUUUGCACAAAUUUGACACUUGUGGUAACCAUUGCUGUGUCCCGUUCUGUAUGUCAAACUACAUAUUCUAACCUACCAGUUGCACUACAUCGUCUGUUUUCCUGAAAUUUAAUUUUCAAUUACAUAUUAGCAUGUCAUUUCUUUUUCCAAAACAAGGCCCAAGUGUUGUCUUUCUACAGAUUGGUGAAGUUAUGUCCUUUUGCUUUGUUUCCAUGGUGACCGGCAUUAGAACCUUCCCCGCUGAUUAAUUAACAGUAAAUGAGCAGGUGUGGGCGGGGCCUCUGUUCUCAUUAGCCUUUGAUGUUCCUUCUGUUAAUCAAUGAAGAAAACAAAUGUUGUUAUAUAUUGAUCUUUUUUUUUUUUUAAUUUAUACUAGUGCUAGAGUUGUACAAUAUGGAGAAUUUUAUGUAUGAUUGAUGGUUUGAUUGUACAUUAAAAGAUUAAAUUGUAAAGAUUAAAUUGUUUUAAAUGAA